AUGGGAUGGACGAGCUCGAUGUUGCCGCUGCCGAGCCGAUGGACGACUUGCCAUGGUCGGACGCUGCUCGUGCAGCCCAGCAUGAGCAGACGCACGCUAGCGACGGCUGCCGCCACAGAGGGAUUAGCAGGAACGGCGCCCGAAAUGAAGCGACACCUCAUCUUGUUCACUGGCAGAGAUGACUCGACAUGGCCUAGCCAUAUAGACAAAGUGUCUCCUCUGUACAGAUCGCUCAAUCGGCUCACGUCAGUGCCAGCAAUGAGUCGAUCUGGCACGAUUUCCGUCAAUAUCUCCUCGACCAAAUUAUCUGGUUUGACGAGAUCAGCGGGCAAGCCAUGGGAUCCAACAGUCAGCAAAGUAGACAAGGAAGUCAGUGAAGAUCAAGCUGGAACAGAGGAGUACGGAGCGGUGAUCUAUCCGGAGAUGCUCGAGGUGCCUUUUCCAUUAUCGAUGGCGACACUCAGCGAUUUCCAAGCCUUUUACGAGUCACUUGUCUUGCCAGAAGCGAGAGAUGUAGACAAGAAGCAUAUUUUCGUCUGCACGCACAACAACAGAGAUUGUCGAUGCGGGGUGAUCGGCUCACAGCUCUUCACUGCUUUGGCGCGUUAUAUUCGGCGAACGCCAUCGCUUGCCAAGAACGUGCAAGUGCAUCCCAUUGCACAUAUCGGCGGUCACAAGUAUGCGGGCAAUGUUAUCGUCUACCCGCAAGGCGACUGGUACGGUCUCAUCCAGCCAACAGAUGCGAGCGACUUUGUCAAGCGAGUCGUCAAGGAUGACAAAGUCUGGUGGUCACGCUGGCGCGGUCGUACCGGUCUCUCAGCUCUAGAACAGAAGCAGCUCUACAACGCUUCCAUCGCAACGGAAACAGUAGAUCCUAAGAAUGCAAAACGACUGGAACGAGUCGCCUUAGGCGACACGCUGCAGUUACGACUGACGACCCACGAUGGCGAGCAUGUCGAUGUGACUGGCUUCGAAGGCGAGUCUGUCAAAGAUGCUCUCAGGCGGCACGAGUAUGUAGAGGCGACGUGCGGAGGUGCAUGCGAGUGCGCUACUUGCGCAGUCGCUUUCAUCGACGCUUCAGAGAUUCCUCUCCCUGCUCCUGCUAUCUCCGACGAAGAGCUCGACCAGCUUGAAUUUGCAAUCACUCGCAAAGACACUUCUCGUCUUUGCUGUCAGAUACCUCUGACUAAGGAGCUUGCCGACUGGAACGAGCGCGGUGGCAUCAUCGAGCUACCGAGAUACUAG